ACCGUGCUAUGUGUUGUCCCGUCUCCAGGCCCUUCUUCCUGUACGUGGCGUUCCACGACCCCCACCGCUGCGGCCACUCCCACCCGCAGUACGGCUCCUUCUGUGAGAAGUUCGGCAACGGUGAGCCGGGGAUGGGCCGGAUCCCAGACUGGAGACCACGGCACUACGGGCCCGAGCAGGUGACGGUUCCACCCUUCAUGCCAGACACCCCCGCAUCUCGCUCCGACCUGGCUGCCCAGUACACCACCAUCAGCCGUCUAGACCAAGGGAUCGGCCUGGUGCUGAAGGAGCUGGCGGAGGCUGGCCAUGCCAACGACACGCUGGUGAUCUACAGCUCCGACAAUGGGAUCCCCUUCCCCAAUGGCCGCACCAACCUGUAUCGGCCGGGACUGGCCGAACCCAUGGUGGUCCACUCACCGGCCCACCGUCAACGCUGGGGGCAAGUCAGCAACGCCUUUGUCAGCCUGCUUGAUAUAACCCCGACCAUCCUGGACUGGUUUGACGUCCCGUACCCCAGCUACAGCAUCUUUGGGAAGGGUAAGUUGGUGCACCUGACCGGGAGGUCACUGCUGCCGGUGCUGGAGUUGGAGCAGCCGUGGCAGGCGGUGUUUGCCAGUCAGAGCCACCACGAGGUGAAGUACUACCCCAUGAGGCGCUGCACCACCUGCAAUACCGCCAUGGUCCACAACCUCCACUUCAAGAUGCCUUCCCAUCGCCAGGACCUGUACGUCUCGCCCACCUUCCAGGACCUGUUGAACCGCACGCUGGGCGGCCGGCCCACCCACUGGGACAAGACCCUCAGCCAGUACUACUACCGGGGGUGGGAGCUCUUCGACACCCGGGCUGACCCGGGCGAGAUCCACAACCUGGCGUGGGACCCCGCUAUCAGGCCGCUGCUGGAGGACAUGCAGGGGCAAGCUGAGGAAGUGGCAGUGGCUACCCACGACCCCUGGGUCUGUGCCCCUGAUGGAGUGCUGGAAGACCAGGGGUCCUACAAGCUGCAGCCACAGUGCCUGCCCCUGUAAAACCAGCUGUGACCCAAGGACCACCCCCCAACCCCCCCC